AUGGCUCGAGCUCCAGUUCGUCUCAAUGUAUAUGAUAUGUAUUGGUUAAAUGACUAUGCAUCAGUAAUUGGUUUCGGUGUUUACCACAGCGGUAUUGAGGUUUAUGGCUUAGAAUAUGCCUAUGGUGGUCAUCCGUACCAUUUUUCUGGAAUAUUUGAGAACACACCGCAAGAUGCAGAGGAAUUGGGAGAAAAUUUCAAGUUUAGGGAAAGCAUAUUAUUAGGAGAAACAGAUUUUGCUCCAGAGGAUGUGAAAAAUUUGAUUGAAAUGUUAGGUGAUGAAUUUCAAGGUGAUAAAUAUCAUUUGAUUUCAAAGAACUGCAAUCAUUUUACUGCAUCAUUAGCGAAGACUCUGACUGGUCGUGACAUACCGUCUUGGGUUAACCGGUUAGCUUCAUUUUCAAGAUCGAUCCCAUUCCUAGAACGUUGUCUACCUCAAGAAUGGCUAACUCCAGUUGCGCUUCAAAACACCAUUGACGAGCGAGAGAAAAGAAUAUCAUCUGGAGUAGAGAAUGGAAUUGAAAUUACUGAGGAAAUGGCACUGAAUAAAAAUGCCGAAGCAGUAAACAUGAAUAAGCAAAGAGGAAGAGAAAAGGAAGACGAAAUAAGCACUUCUCCAUCCACUCGUUUAUCUUCACUCACGCGUGUAUGGAAUUCCAUAAAGAAUUUUGCUGCUAACGACUCGCAAGAUGAAUUAAGACAAUUAUCGUGGGAUAUUCCUUGA